AUGGCUGCCCAACUCGCUUCUGGUGCAGCUCCAAAAGGCAUCAACGUCGCCAUCAUCGGUCAGUGCCGCUGCUAUCGAAAUUGCCUUCUCGCAGAUCGGGCGUACGCUCAAGGGGUCGAAGCUCACACUCAACUUUGUGGACUCUACCACUCUUCGCAGGCGUCGGCCUGGUGGGCUCAGCUGUGAUCUCUCAGCUGGCCGCUUUGCCGAUCUUGAACAUCAUCUCUCUGCAAAACAGCAGGAAGAUUCUUCUCUCGCCGAGCUCAGCAGCCCUCAAGGACUGGAAGUCUUCCUUGGAUGGCUCCACAGACUCUGUGCCAGCGCUGCCGGAGCUGGUCGCUACCUUGCAAAAGCUUACCAGAGAGACUGGCAGACACACUGCGGUGGUCGACAACACGUCCAACGACUCGGUCGCCAGCUUCUACCCAGAGUUCCUCAAAGCCGGCUUCAGCGUCGUGACUCCCAACAAGAAGGGCGUGUCCGGUUCUUUGGAGCUGUACACUCAGAUCCUUAAGCUUACCAAUCCGGCCCAGGCAGGCGCACCGCUGUUCUACGGCGAGUCUACUGUCGGCGCAGGUCUGCCCAUCCUUGGCACUCUCAAAGACCUGGUCAGCACUGGAGAUGAGGUGAUCAAAAUCGAAGGAGUCUUGUCCGGCACUCUGAGCUACAUAUUCAAUGAGUUCUCCACGCCAGCAGGCGCUACAGUCAAAUUCUCCGAGGUGGUCAAGGUGGCGAAGGACAAUGGAUACACUGUAAGUCUGCAAAUCCCUGCUGUGAGGGGAUCUGCUGGCUCAUAACGUCGAUCUUUCGCCCAGGAACCGCAUCCCGACGCUGAUCUGUCGGGCUCAGACGUGUCGAGGAAGCUCACCAUCCUGUCUCGCCUCAUCCCUUCGCUCGUCAACCUGCUUCCGCAAGGCUUCGAAUCGGUGCCCACUUCGUCGUUGACGCCGGAAGGGCUCAAGGAAGAGCAGGACGGAGAAGUGUACACGCAAAGGUUGAAAGAAUUUGAUGGAGAAUUUGACGCGCUGAGAUCGAAAGCUGCCAGCGAAGGAAAGGUACUGAGAUACGUAGGAACCAUCGAUGUUGCCAAGAAGGAGAUCAAGGCGAGCUUGGAAAGGUGAGUGUUGCAGCUUGGACCGCACCGGAGUGAGCAACCACGAUACGCCACACGAGUGGCUGGCCACCACACGCAUGCUCUUGGCCAGCCAGUCCACCGAAGGUGCAUGUAAGUUGGCAAAGCUGACACCAGACUGCGCAACUCUCAACAAUAGCUACCCAGCCACGCACCCGUUUGCCACCUCUCUGUCUGGCAGCGACAACAUCAUCGCCUUCCACACCAAGCGAUACUCGGCUAGGCCUCUGCUUGUGCAGGGAGCAGGCGCUGGUGCAGAUGUCACCGCUAGCGGCGUCACUGCAGAUCUUCUCAGAGUGGCGGAAAGGAGAGGAUGA